AUGCUAUCCGCUCUCAGAGGGAGAACAAUAUCGCAGGUCUUACUUUUUCGUGGCCUAAAACGCCGUAGCAUGAACGUGGCACACACACAAACGGUUGCAAGUUCAUACUCAGCAUCUCCGUGGCCUCUUGCAGGCGUGGACGCACACUUUCGGUUCAGGGACACACGGUAUUAG